AUGGAUGAAUAUGAAAAAAAGAUUUACUCCAUGCUACAAGACAGUUUCCUGCCAAAAGCGUUACAAGUUAAGGACGUUUCAGGUGGAUGUGGAUCCAUGUUUGCUAUUUUGGUUGAAAGUGAAAAAUUCAAGGGUAUUCCAAUGAUUAAGCAACAUAGAUUAGUCAAUGAAGUUUUGAAAGAUGAAAUUUCCAAAUGGCAUGGAAUCCAAUUACGUACCAAAUCAGCAUAG